UAUAACCACUAACGAGGCUGCAUUUCAGUCACGGUUUGCAAUGAAGACGUCCAAGACCACUAAGCUCUAGUGCAAAUACAAACCGCAGUAGGGCAGCUUGGUGAGUCAAACCGGAGCUCAUUAUGUCUCUGAGGUAAGUGCCUCAGAUCCAUAUGUGAAUUUUCCCAGGCUCUGCCAGCCCUCUAUAGUGAUCACCAUGUCAUUUUUCUUUUAAGCAAAUAUUGCAUAUCCCAUGUGCCUAAGUACAUACUCACCACCAAUAAUUAACCAAUAGCCAAUAUAUUUCAAAUAUUUGUUGAUUACCUAGAAUCUAAUUUUCAUUGGUGCACAGGAUGUGCUGUGUGCACCACAAAUAGACUAUGAGAUUAAAACGUGGUGUAAGAAUUUUAAAUAGGAAACAAAUAAAGAAUAAAUGUAGGAAAAAUAUUGUGAAAACUCAAAGCAAAAUGAUGCAACAUAGCAGUACUUUUGCCGCAUUAUAAAACCGGUGAAUCAUAAUUUAUUUAGUGAUUGCUGCCUCCUUAAAGAGGUACCUGAUCUAGUCAUGAAGAUCUAGAUUCACAAAACUACUUUUUUGUUACGGAGUCAACCAUUGAACUAAAGGAACUAACAAAAUGGAGGUUCGAGAGAUUCUGUAACUGGUCAAAUCAGUCCAGCACUAAUAAAUCAAACACAAGUGCAUCUUUAGUUAUGUACAACCUGUUUUAUAAGGACCAGUGACUAAUCCAGUCUCAAGCAUAGUAAUGUACAGUAUAAAUAAACAUACCAAAGCCACAUGCUAGGUAUUGGAUGGACACCAAUGGGUAAUUGUGAUUAAAAUAUAUCACUGGUGGAUUUCUGGAUUAAAUCUUCCUGAAAAAUAUGGGAAGGGUAGGAUUAUGGGUAAAAGAAAUGUUUACAUAAACUGAGUCAUGUCAAUCCAAAAAUGACGCAUGUGCUUUUUCAAAUUUACCUCUCAUAUCUCCAAGUCCCUUUCUGUGGGCCAUUGAUAUUAUUGUCUGUAAUGAUAAUGACGUCACCAUUUGGGUGUGCGCCUGUAAGGGUCCUAUAAAAACCUGCGUCCUUCGCAAAAAAAAAAAAAAAACACUGGCCACCCUUGCCUGUAGUACAUCGUGUCUGAUUUUACAGUGGACUCUUGAGAAUGCAGGCUGCAGAGUACAAUCGCAGAGGUAAGGGAUGUGUCGUUUAAUUUGUCGUUUUUCUUGUCUCGUUGCUACAGUACUUGUAUCUCUGAUAAAUAUAUAUAUUUUUUUAUGUGAAAUGUGAUUAAAAUGUCAGACACAGAAAUUUAAUGCAUAAGCUGGGACUUGAAGGCACUCGUUCAAAAAUUUUGAAGCAAAUGUCUGUCGUGCUCAUCAUAGAGGUAUUUGUGUUAUAUUAUGUCUCUAGAAUAACUGAUAAUUGUAACUUCACUGUUUUCUGCACUCAAGGCAAAGAGCUCAUUGACUAUAUCACGGAAUACCUGACCCAGAUCAGGCUGAGGCGGGUCAGCCCCGACGUCCAGCCGGGUUACAUGCGCAGCCUCCUUCCAGAAAAUGCUCCCAUAGAACCAGAAAACUGGGAGGAAAUCUUUCAUGACAUUGAAAAAAUAAUAAUGCCUGGGGUGGUACACUGGCAGAGCCCCUACAUGCAUGCCUACUUCCCUGCUCUCAGCUCCUGGCCCUCCCUCCUGGGAGACAUGCUGGCGGAUGCCAUCAACUGCCUUGGAUUCACCUGGGCUUCUAGCCCAGCUUGCACUGAGCUGGAGAUAAACGUUCUGGACUGGCUCUGCAAGGCGCUGGGGCUGCCCUCCCAUUUUCUGCACCACCACACCGGCAGCAGAGGUGGAGGAAUGCUGCAGAGCACGGUCAGCGAGUGCACCUUGGUCUCCCUGCUUGCGGCCAGGAAGGCUAAGAUCCUCGAGCUGAAGGAGACAGAGGCGGACAUUGAUGACUCCGUGCUGAACUCCCGGCUGGUCGCCUAUGCAUCUGACCAGGCUCACUCCUCUGUGGAGAAGGCAGGUCUGAUUUCCCUGGUCAAAAUCCGCUUCCUGCCCACAGACGAGCAGUUUUCCCUCCGCGGAGAAACGCUGCAGACAGCGAUUGAGGAGGACCGGAGGAAAGGUCUAGUACCAGUCUUGCUCUGUGUGACUCUGGGCACUACAGGAGUCUGUUCAUUUGACCGCUUGUCUGAACUGGGACCAGUGUGUGCCAGAGAAGGCCUGUGGCUGCAUGUAGACGCCGCAUAUGCUGGCUCCGCCUUCCUCUGCCCCGAGCUGCGGGGCUUCCUCAAUGGCAUUGAGUUCGCAGACUCCUUCGUCUUCAACCCCUCCAAAUGGAUGAUGGUCCAUUUUGACUGCACUGCCUUCUGGGUCAAGGACAAGUACAAGCUUCAACAGACCUUCACUGUGGACCCGGUCUAUCUCAGGCAUGAGAACUCUGGGGCUGCCACUGAUUUUAUGCAUUGGCAGAUUCCUCUCAGUCGCCGGUUCCGUUCACUGAAGCUUUGGUUUGUGAUGCGAUCAUUCGGAGUGAAGAACCUGCAGGCGCACAUACGACACGGCAUUGACAUGGCGAAGCUGUUUGAGUCCUUUGUCAGGGCUGAUCCAAAUUUUGAAAUUCCAGCUCAGAGACACCUUGGCUUGGUGGUUUUCUGUUUGAAGGGAGGAAACUCUUCGACGCAGGAGCUUCUGAGAGCACUGACCAAGUCAGGCACGAUGUACCUCAUUCCCGCCGUCAUCUCCUCCAAGCUAGUGAUCCGCUUCACUGUCACGUCCCAGUUCACCACCAAAGAGGACAUUGUACGGGAUUGGGGUAUCAUCCACCACACUGCUACUACCAUCUUGGCCAAGAGGGCCGUGGACCGAACCAUCAAUAGCUCCGGGGAGGUUCUGACAGCCCACAGCUACAUGGUGGAUCGCGUCGAAGCACGGGAUGAGGAGCAGUGCGCCCUGGAGUGUCAGCCCGGGGGGAACAUCCACACUCGGGAGGCCGGACACAUCACCUACACGGCUACUAGACCUCAGAACGCAAUGCUGCCUUUUGACACCUACGUCCAUCAGAAUGGUCUGGACCAGAGGAGGACCACCCGCUCCUUGAGCUGCAACGGGGAAAUGCUGACUGGCCCAAAGGAUUCAGACCUCCUCAGACUUCUCUCAAAGGACGUCACCAUCGCCGCACGCAACGUGUCCUGCAUCAAGGAGGGUGUCCUCUCGAAGAUCCCAGAGAGUGCUGGCAUCCUGGAAAAGAGGGUUUCCAGGAGGCUCACCAAGCAGUACAGCGUCCCCAUCUUCUCGCAGUGCGGGAUUCAGUGUGGCGUUAUGCAGCCAUGCUGCUCCUUCAAGGCUCUGCAGAUAUUCAACAAACCUUGGUUUGCCUGCAGCAGAGUGAGCUCUGCUUUAACUUAAGAUCAGUUUUGGAAAAACCUGCUCCAUUUACCGCAUCAUCGUUACAGUCAUUUAGAAAACCUGUUACAUUAAUUACAGGAUGCCGCUGAAGAACUAUACAUAAUUACUGGCAGGUAUUCAACUUAUUACACCAUUAUUUCUUUAAUCUUCAUCAAUCAGUGCAUUAUUGUCUUUUCCUUCCUUCCAUGUAUUUAUCUGCCCAGCCAUACAUCCAUCCAUCCAUCUGUCCAUCCAUCCACCUACCCAUCUAUCUU